AUGCAUAUCCAUGAUGACAGGCUACAAACUGGCUGGUCGGUGCACACGUUCCAAACGGACCGACAGAGGAGGACGCAAGCGCUGAACUCAAAGGAAAUGGAGAUUAUUUUGGAGGUCAUCCAUAGGGCUGAGAAACUGGACAUUGUGGAGCAGCAAAGAAUAGGGCGCCUCGUGGAGCGGCUGGAGAACAUGCAGAAGAAUGUGAUGGGCAACGGAUUGUCCCAAUGCUUGCUCUGCGGAGAGGCCCUGGGUCUGCUGGGGAGCACGGCAGUCUUUUGCCAAGACUGCAAAAAGAAAGUUUGCACCAAAUGCGGCAUUGAAACCCUGAACGCCCAGAAACGGCCUGUCUGGUUCUGUAAGAUCUGCAGUGAGCAGAGAGAGGUUUGGAAGCGAUCCGGCGCCUGGUUCUACAAAGGUCUCCCGAAGUACAUCUUGCCUUUGAAAAAUAGCAGUAGCAGCAAAACCGGAGAGGUCCAUCUGAGGCCUCAUCAUGCAGAGAUCCCAAGGCUGGAGGCCAAGAGCGUCUCUCCCAGUCGUACUUAUACCUGGGCCAGGGGUAAAGUUGUCUCCAGCGACAGCGAGAGUGACUCGGAGUUCAGCUCCUCCAGCUUGGAUGAUCGGUCUGUGCCCGCUGGGUUGAAAGGCUUCAAGAUCAGGCAACACCGAACGGAGUCGAUGUCCAGUAGUGAGGUUGCCCGUACCCCCAGCAGAAGCACCAGCCGGGCCCUGGGCAGCAUCCGGUCGGAGAGCCAGAGCAGCUUGGGCAGCGAGCGAGGAGGAGGCCUGAGCGCCACGGAGAGCUGCCACAGUGACCUGCCAGCUGAGGACGAGGACAGUGAUGCCCACCACAGUGUGGCUGGGAGAAGACGUCUCCUGAGAAGCCACUGGUGAUGAUGGGACCCAAACACUUGGGGUUCUACGGCAUGUGCCAUUUUCUCGCCUGCCCAUUGCAUGGUCCUCUGUGUCGAUGUCAACUCCAGGAGUGAGACCUGUCAUGGCCUUAGUAGAGCCACCCUUGCCUGGGCGGAGAAGAGGACUUCACCAUGGAUGCCCCGCUGUGUUUGUCUUUGCAUCAUGCUUGUCUUGCCACCAAACCAAAUUGUGAGGUUUGGCCCAAAGUGUGUGUGCGUAUCUGUGUGGUAUUGUAGGGAUGGAAGAAUGAAGAACCCAGAAUCAGUGAGGUAGGCAACCUAUUUGCAACGAACUCCGGAUAUUGAGGUACUGGAUGGAGGAUUCUGGGCAUACCGAAGGGCCAGUUUGCUGUUGCGUUGCGCCUAAAUUAUACUUUCUGGAUGGCUUGUGGAUGAUCCAUUUUGUGUGGCCAAGCGAGGGAAAGAGGGGGAGACAGUCACUCCUCCUUCCUGCUUCUGUCUCCUCAAAGUGACCUUCUCAGCCAGAAGAGUUGAUGGAUUAGGCUUAUCACACAAUAACCAUGCAGUCUGGUUGGAGGUGUGGGACGGGAUGGGAAUGAGGUGACGGGGGAAAUAACCUUCUCGGAUGCUUCACAAAUAUCUCCGCCUUUUUUACACUACACAAUAAUUAGCAUGAGGAUUUCAUUUGAACUGACGUGACUGGGAAGAUCUAUUUUGCAUAGUCUGCCAGACUCUCCGGGAUCUGUAGCAUACAAGUGGCAUCAUCUAUAUAAAUAAAAAUGUAAUGUUCGUUUGUGCUAUUCACAGAACUCAGAAACCACUGGGACAAUUGACACCAAAUUUGGACACUAUGUCCCUAACAACCCAAUGUAUGUUCUCCACUCAAAAACACAACGAAAACAAAAAGCAGAAAGGACUUCUAAACUGCAUGUCCACAAAGGAGAAACUGCAUGUCUACAGAGACCCAUGGCCGCGCCCCCCUUCUCCUCCUCGCGGGGAAACAGCCAGCCGUUAAAGCCAGGCGCACGUGCGCGGCCACACACACACACACAAGUGAGUGGAGUGGAGGUGGAGGCUUGCCGCAUGCAGCCCCUUCUCUUCCUCUCCUAUGUCAGGAGAGCAGUCUCCUCCUCCUUUCCCUGUUGGAAAGUGCUAGCAGCAGCAACGGAGUGCUCCACGCAAGGAAGAAGGGGAGGAGGAGGAGGAGGGGAGGGGGAGGCGAGGAUGGUCCACGGUGCUUGAAUGAAGGACCUUCCUUCUCUCCCUCCCUUCUUUCCUCCCUUUUCUUUCUUUCCUUUUCUUCUUUCCUUCUCCUUCCUUUCCUUCUUUCCCUCCUUCCCUUCCUUCCUGUCCCUCCUUCCUUUUUCCUUUCCUUCUUUUCCUUCCUCCCUCCCUUUCCUCCUUCUUUCCCUUUCUUCAUUUCCUUCCCUCCCUCCUUUCUU